GACAGCAGCUUCACCUGCCUUCUGGGGCGGCAGAAGUGACUGAGGACCGGAAGGAUGGUGCAGUCCUGUUCCGCCUACGGCUGCAAGAACCGAUAUGAUAAGGAUAAACCUGUUUCUUUCCACAAGUUUCCUCUUACUCGACCCAGUCUUUGUAAAAAAUGGGAGGCAGCUGUCAGAAGAAAAAACUUUAAGCCCACCAAGUAUAGCAGUAUUUGUUCAGAGCACUUUACUCCAGACUGCUUUAAGAGGGAGUGCAACAACAAGUUACUGAAGGAGAACGCUGUCCCCACGAUAUUUCUUUGUACCGAACCACAUGACAAGAAGGAAGAUCUUCUGGAGCCGCAGGAACAGCCCCCGCCCCCUCCUGCCACACCCCCCGUUUCCCAGGUGGAUGCUGCUAUUGGGCUGCUGAUGCCUCCUCUUCAGACCCCAGAUAACCUCUCGGUUUUCUGCGACCACAACUACACGGUGGAGGAUACGAUGCACCAGAGGAAAAGGAUUCACCAGCUGGAACAGCAGGUUGAAAAACUCAGAAAGAAGCUCAAGACGGCACAGCAGCGAUGCAGAAGACAGGAACGACAGCUUGAGAAGUUAAAGGAGGUUGUGCACUUCCAGAAGGAGAAGGACGACGUGUCAGAAAGAGGUUAUGUGAUUCUACCAAAUGACUACUUUGAAAUAGUUGAAGUACCAGCAUAAAAAAAUGAAACAGAUAUCGAUUUUUAAUGGGGCAAUACCACAUAUCCUCUUCUAGCAUAUAAAGGAGUUUCAUUUGAAAAAACAACACUUGAUUACUUAUAUAAACACAAUUCAGAAUAUUUUUUUAAAAAAAUAAAUUCGAUAUAUACUGUAAACUUAUACAAUUUUUUGUUUGUAAUUUCAAAGUUUUUACAUUUUAACAAAAUAUUUUAAAAGUUAUAAACUAACCUCAGACCGCCAAUGUAAGUUGGUUUCAAGAUUGGGGAUUUUUGUUUUUUGACUAUUUACAUUGAUAACGUAAAAGUAAAAUGCAAAGAGAAUGAGAACGGUGAAGUAAGGAUGAUUUAAGUUUAAAAUUUAAAACGAAUAUACUGUCUAUGGAGAGAACUUAGUUAUAUUUUAAAUCAGAAGUAUGGGUCAGAUCAUAGGAUACACACACUUAUACAUUCUUAUUUGUAAAGUCAGAAGGUUCAUUUAUCUUUCCGAAUCAGUUGUCAAGGGUAAAUUGGCAGGUCAAUCUUUGGGAAAAAAAAGAUCUAGUUGUCUUCAGAGCAGAAAAUGAAGAGUCAUUCCAUAUCUAAUCAAUAAAUAACUUUAUAAAGAAUGGAUUUUUAACAAGUGGGCCCCUAUUUUCUCCCCCACUCUCUAGCAUUAUAAAAUUAAAAGUGUAUUUCAGAGGAAGAAACAUUCUUCAAUAAAUAAAAUCAGGCAUUGUUAUCAAUGAAGUAAUUAAAAUUGGGGCCUGAUCUGUGAUGUGCUUUUUUCUCUCAUUGCCCUCUGGCUAAAGGACAUCCAGUUCCCCAACAGUAGUGUAUCUGCAUCCAAAUCUCUGACAGAUGUGUUGUGUUAGUAGAGUGUGAUUUGUAUCCUGAUGUGGUAAUCUUGCACUUGACUGAUUGAUUUUGGUCAAGGCAUCACAUAAUAAGUUAUUUCUUCACUUUUAACACAAGUUAGAAAUUAUAUCCCAUUUACUUAAAUGAGUGAUUUAUAUUCAAAAGCAACCUAGUAGGUAGUGUUUAUUUUACUGAAUGUUGAUACAAGCACAGAGGUUUCUGUUCAAACUGUGAGUUGUGUUCUGACUUUGUAAGAAAUCUUGCAUUAUUUGAAAUGAAAAUAUGUUCUGAGUAAACAUUGCUAUCGGAAUUCUCUAUUUAGAUUUAGAAUAACUGUUUCACUAUAAUUAUUAAUUUUAUAUUUCAGAGUACACUGAGAUAGUUGAAGAGUAAUAGACCCUUUAAGACAAUAUUAAAGAUGUGAAACAAUG